UCCCGCUCAAACAUCGAUCCUUUCGGUUCAUGAAAGUGAUGAUUGGUGACGUCACGGGCCUCCGUGAAAGGUUUCCAAGUAUCACGAUACUUCGUCCCGCUGUUUCCGCCGGGGCGAGAUUUCCUCCCAAACAAAGAUGGCGUCUCCCUGAACAUCCAUGUGGCUGCGGUUCGAAAACAUCCCGAAAUAUCAGACAAACUAACUCCUAACUGCUAAACCGGGACCCGAACCCGACCUGGAACCUGGUGAUAGUUUAACUAGCCACUCUUUCAGCGGAGAAAAGAAGCUUUAACAGGAACCGGAGAUGCAGCACGACGACGUGAUCUGGGACAUCAUCGGGAACACUCAGUUCUGCUCCUUCAAGGCCAAGACCAAGAGCCAGAACUUCUGCAGGAAUGAGUUCAACAUCACGGGUCUCUGUAACCGCUCGUCCUGCCCGCUGGCCAACAGCCAGUACGCCACGGUCCGGGAGGAGAAAGGUCAGGUGUUCCUGUACAUGAAGGUGAUUGAGAGAGCAGCGUUUCCUGCCAGGAUGUGGGAGAAGGUGAAGCUCAGUAGGAACUAUGAGAAGGCCCUGGAACAGAUUGACAGGAACCUGAUCUACUGGCCCCGGUUCCUCAGACACAAGUGCAAGCAGAGAUUCACCAAGAUCACGCAGUACCUGAUCCGGAUGAGGAAGCUGGUCCUGAAGAGACGGAGGAAGCUGGUUCCUCUCAGCAGGAAGGUGGAGAGCAGAGAGAAGAGGAAAGAGGAAAAAGCUCUGGUUGCUGCUCAGCUGGACAACGCCAUCGAGAAGGAGCUGCUGGAGAGACUGAAGCAGGGGACGUACGGAGACAUCUACAACUUCCCCGUUCACGCCUUCGACCGAGCUCUGGAGCAGCAGGACGAGCAGAGUGACGAAGAGGAGGGGGAGGAUGAAGAGGAGGACGAGGAGGAGGAAGAGGAGGAGCAGAGAGAGUUUGUAGCAGAAGAAGAAGUGGACGAGAGCGACCUGAGUGACUUUGAGGAAAUGAACCAGCUGAAGACGAGCAGCGAGGAGGACGAGGAGUCCAGCGAGGAAGAGGAGGAGACGACGAAGGGCCAGAGGUCAAAGGUCAAGCAGAGGUCAAAGGGCAAGGCCCCGGCUAAGGGGGCGGCGGCCAGGAAGAGGCGGGCCUUCGUGGAGAUCGAGUACGAGACGGAGCCGGCGGCGAAGAGCAGGACGGAGGCCUGAGGGGCAUCGAAGCUCCGCCCACUGGGGGAGGCCCCGCCCCUCCUGAUGGAGAGAGGCCCCGCCCACCUCCUGAUGGAGGCCCCGCCCACUGGGGGAGGCCCCGCCCCUCCUGAUGGAGAGAGGCCCCGCCCACCUCCUGAUGGAGGCCCCGCCCACUGGGGGAGGCCCCGCCCCCUCCUGAUGGAGGCCCCACCCACCUGUCGCCACGGCAACAGCCCCCCCAUCAGCCACCAGGACUGUGAGGCUUCACCUCCAUCAGUUAUUGAUCAGUUAUUGAUCGUCCAGAUUUCAGUCCAACAUUCAGACUUUACAGAUCCGACUCCUCAGAACCAAACGGGUGUCGGUUUCAGGUCCACGAGGACCGGACCGGUUCUGGAGAACCCCCCAUCAGACCUGUGUUGAAAAGUUCUUAAGUUCUGUGUUUUAAUGUUACUAAUAAAAUAUUUU